UCUUUCUUCCUUCUCGUUCAACUGCCUAACAGAAAAAGACUGCCUCUUAAUACCCCAAACCCCUUUUCCUCUCUCUCUCUCUCUCAAUAUACUCUCACUUCCUUAAGAACUAUCGCCACUUCUUUUAUCAUCUCUCUCUCAAACCCCAAAACACAACGCCCCUCGUUUAUGACGAUCUCUUCGAUGCUAGAUUAGUUCCUCCCUCUUCAUUGCUUUUAAGACAGAUCCUCCUUUCCCAUCUUUCCUCGCCCAAUUUCCGGUAUUUUUCUUACACAAUCUACUGCUUUUCGUCUGAGUUCUCAGCUUUGAUUUUCAUUCAUGCAUUCCUUAUUCCAACUGGGUUCUUUCUCUUUUCUUGAUCUGGAAAUGGGGUUCCUUUGGAUUUGAUUUGUAUUUCCGGAGGCAAUAUAUUGUGGUUGUUAGAGGUCUCCUUGGUGGGCGUUUUUUUUAGCUGAAAAAGUAAUUCGUGUGCGAUUUGGAGAAGGGAAUGGCGUCUAUUUCUACUCCCCCAGCUUCAUUCUUUAGUUCUUCGGCAUCUGAUCUUCUUCGUAGCUCGAGUAAUGGGGUUAGUGGUCUUCCUUUGAGGGCACUAGGGAGAGCGCGAUUCAACCCAAGAAGGAAGGAUAUGUCAGUCAGUGCAAAGUUAAGGAAGGGGAAAAAGCAUGAGUAUCCAUGGCCGGAUGAUGCGGAUCAGAAUGUUAAGGGUGGAGUUCUUACCCAUCUCUCACAUUUCAAGCCUCUGAAAGAGAAGCAGAAGCCUGUUACUCUUGAAUUUGAAAAACCACUUAUUCUUCUUGAGAAGAAAAUUAUUGAUGUGCGGAAAAUGGCUCAUGAAACUGGUCUAGACUUCAGUGAUCAGAUUAUUUCGUUAGAAAAUAAAUAUCAACAGGCUUUAAAGGACUUGUACACUCAUUUGACUCCCAUACAACGUGUCCAUAUAGCUCGGCAUCCUAACCGGCCAACUUUUCUCGAUCACGUGUUCAAUAUCACCGAGAAGUUCGUUGAACUUCAUGGAGAUCGGGCAGGGUAUGAUGAUCCUGCCAUUGUUACUGGUAUAGGAACUAUAGAUGGGAGAAGGUACAUGUUCAUGGGUCACCAAAAGGGUAGAAACACAAAAGAAAAUAUUAAGCGAAAUUUUGGAAUGCCUACACCACACGGUUACCGGAAGGCACUUCGCAUGAUGUAUUAUGCAGAUCACCAUGGUUUCCCAAUUGUUACUUUCGUUGAUACGCCAGGUGCUUUUGCGGAUCUCAAAUCUGAGGAACUGGGUCAAGGCGAAGCUAUUGCUCAUAAUUUGAGGACUAUGUUUGGCCUCAAGGUACCAAUAAUUUCAAUUGUCAUUGGAGAAGGUGGUUCUGGUGGUGCCCUGGCAAUCGCUUGUGCUAAUAAGUUGCUAAUGCUCGAGAAUGCAGUUUUCUAUGUUGCCAGUCCUGAAGCCUGUGCUGCAAUCUUGUGGAAGGAUUCAAAAGCUUCCCCGAAGGCAGCAGAGAAGCUAAAAAUUACUGCAACUGAGUUGACCAAAUUAGAAAUUGCUGAUGGCAUAAUCCCAGAACCUUUGGGCGGCGCGCAUGCAGAUCCUUUGUGGACCUCACAACAAAUAAAACUUGCAAUAAAUGAGACCAUGGAUGAGCUUUUGAUGAUGGACACAGAAAAACUAUUAAAGCAUCGAAUGCUGAAAUUCCGUAAAAUCGGAGGGUUUCAAGAAGGCAUUCCAAUUGAACCAGAGAGAAAAUUUAAAAUGAAAAAGAAGGAAGAACCUAUCGUUGGGAAGAUCUCAGUUCAGGAACUAGAAAGUAAGGUGGAAAAAGUGAAACAACAAAUAUUGAAAGCCAAGGAAUCCUCCAAUGCGCAAUCAGAUGUGGAUCUGCAUGAAAUGAUUGAACACUUAGAGAAAGAAGUUGAUUUUGAAUUUUCUGCGGCAGUAAAGGCCAUGGGACUAAAGGACAGACUUGCCUCGUUGCGAGAAGAAUUUUUGGAAGCCAAUUCAUCCGACCAACUUAUCCAUCCAACAUUGAAAGAAAAAAUUGAGAAACUUCGAGAUGAAUUUAACCAGGGGUUAUCUAAAGCUCCUAACUACGAGAAUCUGAAGAACAAACUUGACAUGUUAAAGGACUUAUCUCGAUCCAAGGCUCACUCAGUAAGGGAUGCCAAGGAGGCUUCACUGAAGCAGGAAAUCAACAAAAAAUUUGCGGAGGUUCUGAGUCGACCUGAUAUACAGGAGAAAUAUGAAAUGCUGAGGGCUGAAAUUGAAAAUUUGGGGGCGUCUAAAUAUACAGAUUUAGACCCUGAACUGCAAAAUAAAAUGGACAAAAUAAAGAAGGAAAUACAAGGGGAGUUGGCAGCUGCCCUCAACUCCUUGGGUUUAGAUGUUGAGGUAUUAGCAUCAAAAGCACAAGUCCUUAGCGAGCAGUCUUCAUUGUCGCUGUUCAAACCAAAGAUAGAAAUGUUAAAUGAGGAACUUAGUCAGGGAAUUGAAAGUGUCAUUGCAAACAGAAAAGAUCUAAAGGAUAUGAUUGAAUUACUGAAAUUAGAGGUAGCUAAGGCUGGAAAGACGCCAGAUGCAACCUCGAAAAACAGAAUUGGGGCUCUCAAGCAGCAAAUAAAGGAGAGGCUUGCUGCCGCAUUGGAUUCUUCAGACUUGAAGAAGAAACAUGAAAAACUGAGGGAAGAGAUAUUAGAAACUGCCGAAUCAGGGUUCGAUCCUACGGAAGGUGAUAGUUCUGUGUAUGGUGAUGCCAGAAUUCAGACAAAUUCGGGUGCUGAACAUACAUUUGCUUAAUUGGUUUUUAACACCAGUACGGAUGACCAGGACCAUGUUUAAGAAGAAAAAAUUUGAUGUAACUGGAAAUUAGUUAGAGCUUCUACAAUGGCCAGAAAACCAAGUUAGCCAUUUCCGCUUCUAACCCGAUACGACAUUGCAUGGUUUUGAUAGGUUACAAGAUGUAGCAUGAAAUGAAAUAGGAGCAGGAGAAGGACACGGCAGAGCUACAUUUUCAUUUUUCCUGUUCUCAGGGAUAUUUCUUUCCGAAAUUAGAUCUCUUGAGUUUUAAAUUAUUUAAUCUGGCUUCUGGUUUUGUUGUUGCUGUGUUUCUUAUUUUUUCAUGAAUAGAUCCAAAUAGCUUUGUAUAGAUUGCAAUAGUAUCUUGGAGGCUAAUAAUGUUUUUCAUACUCUUUAAGUGACACAUUUCCCACUUUUGAUGAUUGAUCAUGGUUGUUCAGAAACUAAACAUCCACCCUGGUUAGAACAUUAAAUUUGGACCAAAGGGUUUAAUGGUCUGUUCCAAAUGCAAGAGUAGCAGCUUCUCUUUUAA